AUGCAGACGGGUUGCAUACCAUGCCUUGUAAAGAAUAUACCGUGCGACCCUCGGAAUCCACAAUGCAAGCGAGUCAUGUCAGAUGACUGGAACAUCAACUUCCGUCCGCAGAAAGAUGAACACCCGUCUUUGGACCACCCAACGCCUGAGUCACUGAGCCUAACCGCCUACAGGCCGGACAUGAAGUGGAGGCGCAACUGGCGAGAACGGCACAGUCUGAACUUCUUCGUCAACUUCUCUGCGCCCCAGAUGGCUGGAUUCUUUGACUCGAGCUUCUGGCAGCGUAUGGUAAUUCAGAACUCAUUCCAUGAGCCAGCUAUCCUGCACGCCGUCACUGCCAUUGGCGCAUUGCACGAAGCGAUCAUGCAAAGAGCAUUCGCAGAGGAGAAGCGGAAAGCGCAAGCAUUGGCAUUUGCGCUGGACCAGUGUAAUAAGGCGAUUUCGCAGUUGACGGGAGGUAGGCGCGCAGCCGGGUACAUGACAGUCUCUGACACCCGCCUUGCCCUCAUAACGUGCGUACUGUUCACAUGUUUUGAAGCGAUGCAAGGGCGAUGCGACAGCGCAGUCAACCAUGCAUUGCAAGGAAGACGGCUCCUACAAGCGACUGCUCGCCCAGAAGCGUUAGCGAUAUCAGGUUCCGAGCUGGACGAUAUCGAACAGAUGCGGCCCCUGGUUGAACGUCUGGAAGUGCAAGCAACGGCAUUGCUGGACAAAGGCAAGCGGCCCGAGGUCGACGCUCUAGAUCGAGUGUCACCCCUGCCACCCAUAGAGUUCGUUUUCAGCCUGGAUCAUGCACAUAACGCACUGCACCUGGCACUCAACAGCAUUAUGCGAUUUAUGCAGGGCUUCCAGCCGAUCAGUCCGAAAGACCAGAUCUCUCUAAUAAUGGCGGAAAAAUACAUGCGCUACUCGCCAUGGUUUCAGCAGUGGGAGGCUGCCUUCACGUCGUACCUUGCUGACAACAAGCAUUGGAUGACUAACAUGGACUUCAAACGCGCCAUGGUGCUGAAAGCGAAUCAUUUGGUUGGUACGAUGCUGGCCUCGGUCGAUCAAUCGGCUGGUCCAGUAGCCUACGACCCGUACGAGGCGGAGUUCAAAGCCAUUGUAGACUUGUCGCGAGAAGUACUUGCAACUUUUUCAUGUCCACCGCUGCCAACAUUGAAUGGCGGCUCAACCGGCACGCCCUACCUCUCGUUUUCUUUAUGGGUUACCGACCCACUC